CUCUGCGUGCUGCUGCUUCUUUUACCUUUCUCUUACGCCCGCCGGCCUCUGAGACCUGGAAGAAGGGGGAGGCUUCCUGCACCCCUCCGGAGCCGUCAGGAAGAUGGGGAGCAAGGCCCUGCCAGCGCCCAUUCCACUUCACCCAUCGCUGCAGCUCACCAAUUACUCCUUCCUGCAGGCAGUGAACACCUUCCCCGCCGCGGUGGAUCACCUUCAGGGCCUGUAUGGGCUCAGCGCUGUGCAGACUAUGCACAUGAACCACUGGACGCUGGGGUACCCCAACAUGCACGAGAUCACGCGCUCCACCAUCACGGAGAUGGCCGCUGCGCAGGGCCUCGUGGACGCUCGCUUCCCCUUCCCCGCGCUGCCCUUCGCCACUCACCUGUUCCACCCCAAGCAGGGAGCCAUUGCCCACGUCCUCCCUGCCCUACACAAAGACCGGCCCCGUUUUGACUUUGCCAACUUGGCGGUGGCCGCCACACAAGAAGAUCCCCCUAAAAUGGGAGACCUGAGCAAGCUGAGCCCCGGGCUGGGCAGCCCCAUCUCCGGCCUCAGUAAACUGACUCCGGACAGAAAACCCUCCCGAGGGAGAUUGCCCUCCAAAACGAAAAAGGAGUUUAUCUGCAAGUUUUGCGGCAGACACUUUACCAAAUCCUACAAUUUGCUCAUUCACGAGAGGACCCACACGGACGAGAGGCCGUACACGUGUGACAUCUGCCACAAGGCAUUUCGGAGGCAAGAUCACCUACGGGAUCACAGGUAUAUCCAUUCCAAAGAAAAGCCCUUCAAAUGUCAGGAGUGUGGGAAAGGAUUUUGCCAGUCUAGAACUCUCGCAGUUCACAAAACUUUACAUAUGCAGGAAUCUCCACACAAAUGCCCCACAUGUGGAAGAACCUUUAAUCAGAGAAGUAAUCUGAAAACUCACCUUCUCACCCAUACAGACAUCAAGCCCUACAGCUGCGAGCGGUGCGGCAAAGUGUUCAGGCGAAACUGUGAUCUGCGGCGGCACAGCCUGACUCACACCCCGCGGCAGAACUUCUAGCGAAGCCCAGGAUCCGUCCUGUGCGGCCCCGGCUCCCCCAGACCCUUCUUGCCUUCCACACGAGGACCCACCCCACCCCCACUCCCCCCCUACUGACCCCAGCUCUUCCCCAGCUGUAGCCGCACCUGCAGCUCCUACGCCUUAACUGUUCUUCCGGAGGACUGAGAACUCUCUAGAAAGUCACCCCCCUUUGCAACCAGCAUAUACUAGAUCCUUGUAGAUAUUCACGGCUCAUUUUGGAGCUCUGUACAUAAUGUCGUGGGUCUUC